AUGGCUCAACGUUUCACCGACGAGGUCGCUAUCGUCACUGGCUCCUCCAACGGAAUCGGCCGUGCCACCGCCAUCUUGCUAGCUUCCGAAGGGGCUAAGGUUACCAUCACCGGAAGGAACGCUGAGAGACUUGAGGAGUCUAGACAGGCCCUUCUCAAGGUUGGGGUCCCAAGCGGCCAUAUCAAUUCCGUGGUCGCUGAUGUUACAACCGGCGCCGGGCAGGAUGUUCUUAUUGAUUCCACGUUGAAGAAGUUUGGAAAAAUCAAUAUUUUGAUCAAUAACGCAGGAGCCCUGAUCGUCGAUCCGGAGGGAAAAACCAAUACGUCUACCGGAGUCGAGACGUGCUUGAAGACCUUCCAGCUGAAUUUCCAGUCCGUCGUUGAGAUGACUCAAAAGAUCCGACCACAUUUGGCAAAUACACAUGGGGAGAUUGUCAAUGUGUCUAGUGUUGGUGCCGGACCAGCUGCCGAAAACCGAUUCCCAUACUACUCAGCUGCCAAAGCAGCUCUGGAUCAAUAUUCACGUAAUACAGCGAUCGAUCUGAUUCCUGAUGGGAUCCGUGUUAACAUCGUUCAACCCGGCUUCGUAGCCACCGGUUUCACCACUGCGGCAAGUGGAAUGAGCCCAGAUGCUUCUGCUAAAAUGUACGAAGGAAUCGGAGCCAACACGAGCUGCAUUCCGGCUGGUUACUGUGGACGUCCGGAGCAUCUGGCGUCCGUUAUCGCGUUCCUUGCCGAUCGGAAAGCGUCGGAGUAUAUUGUGGGACAGACUAUUAUUGCGGACGGUGGAACUACGUUGGUUAGAGGACGCAAUGUUGCUCUUGCGACACGCAGAGCAGAAUAAUUUGAAUGAAAUAUUUUUUA